CCUGCCCAGAGAAAGGCCUCCUCUUCCUGUCAAACACCCGGCUCUCCUCUCCACCAGGCUCCCACGCCCACCACACAGCCUGUAGCCCCGGCGGAGCUAUAGGCUCUGACUCCGCCUCUUUCCAAAUCCGGAGUAGUUCGUGCCACAGUCGUCCUCGGAACCCUGUGGCCCCUUCCUCACCCGUAUCAGGGCCACUUGGUUCCCACCUCCACCUUCUUAGUCCGCCUGUCCUGCUUUCCAUCUUCUUGGAAUUCGCCUUGCUGCCGCCCCGCGCCCACCCCCGCGCCCACCCCUGCCCCUGCCCCGUCCCAUGCCCUUAUGGAUUUAUUCUUUACACGUAAAUAUGUCUUUCCUCUUUUUGAAAGGAUUUGGAGUUGGAACAGAGAAAUUCACUAUGGAUGAUGCUAUAUCUUUAUAUGACCUUUGGAAUAUCUGUAAUCAUCCUGAGGGCAAUACUUAUGUAAUGAAGAUGGAAGAAGAGAGAAUAUGAAUACUCCGUGCACUUUGAUCUUAUCGUUUAGCUGCUGAUCAUACCAUCCCUGGAGUCCUACUUCUGACUCCAAGUUAUGAGGUGAAAUGUAUAGAUGUUGUUCAGGCUUAUAUCAACAGAAUCAAGGAUGUGAACCCAAUGAUCAAUGGAAUUGUCAAGUACAGGUUUGAGGAAGCGAUGAAGGAGGCUCAUGCUGUAGAUCAAAAGCUUGCAGAGAAGCAGGAAGAUGAAGCCACCCUGGAAAAUAAAUGGCCCUUCCUUGGGGUUCCUUUGACAGUCAAGGAAGCUUUCCAGCUACAAGGAAUGCCCAAUUCUUCUGGACUCAUGAACCGUCGUGAUGCCAUUGCCAAAACAGAUGCCACUGUGGUGGCAUUACAGAAGGGAGCUGGUGCCAUUCCUCUUGGCAUAACCAACUGUAGUGAGUUGUGUAUGUGGUAUGAAUCCAGUAACAAGAUCUAUGGCUGGUCAAACAACCCAUAUGAUUUACAACAUAUUGUAGGUGGAAGUUCUGGUGUGGUUCCCAACAAAGGUCAGUUUCCCUUGGCUGUGGGAGCCCAGGAGUUGUUUCUGAGCACUGGUCCUAUAUGCCACUAUGCUGAAGACCUGGCCCCCAUGUUGAAGGUCAUGGCAGGACCUGGGAUCAAAAGGUUAAAACUAGACACAAAGAUACAUUUAAAAGACUUAAAAUGUUACUGGAUGGAACAUGAUGGAGGCUCAUUUUUAAUGUCCAAAGUGGACCAAGAUCUCAUUAUGACUCAGAAAAAGGUUGUGGUUCACCUUGAAACUAUUCUAGGAGCCUCAGUUCAACAUGUUAAACUGAAGAAAAUGAAGUACUCUUUUCAGUUGUGGAUCGCAAUGAUGUCAGCAAAGGGACAUGAUGGGAAGGAACCUGUGAAAUUUGUAGAUUUGCUUGGUGACCAUGGGAAACAUGUCAGUCCUCUGUGGGAGUUGAUCAAAUGGUGCCUGGGUCUGUCAGUGUACACCAUCCCUUCCAUUGGACUGGCUUUGUUGGAAGAAAAGCUCAGAUAUAGCAAUGAGAAAUACCAAAAGUUUAAGGCAGUGGAAGAAAGCCUGCGUAAAGAGCUGGUGGAUAUGCUAGGUGAUGAUGGUGUGUUCUUAUAUCCCUCACAUCCCACAGUGGCACCUAAGCAUCAUGUCCCUCUAACACGGCCUUUCAACUUUGCUUACACAGGUGUCUUCAGUGCCCUGGGUUUGCCUGUGACCCAAUGCCCACUGGGACUGAAUGCCAAAGGACUCCCUUUAGGCAUCCAGGUUGUGGCUGGACCCUUUAAUGAUCAUCUGACCCUGGCUGUGGCCCAGUACUUGGAGAAAACUUUUGGGGUCUGGGUCUGUCCAGGAAAGUUUUAGGAGGACCUUCUGCAAGGUUAAUGUGUGUGUGUGUGUGUGUGUUCGUGUGGUGGUGUUUCUAUUAAUUGGGUGAAAUCAAGCACCAGCAGACAAGCAGAGAAACAACUGGGGAAUUUAUUGACUCAUUUAGUUAUUCUUUCUACUUUUAUUUCCUUCUCUAACUGUUGGUCUUACUAAAAUGGUAAUAUUUGCUUCUUGCUUUUAUGUUACUGGAAAAUUAGGACAUGUAAAUGGAUAAGUGCAAUAAAGUUUCCUAAAUGCUGGAAUCGUGUCUGCUUUGGGUACAGCAGGGAAAUUAAAGAAGGGAAUGUCCAGUGCUAAUGAGGGGAUCUUAAGAAACUUUAGAGAAGAGAUGUUGCUGAAACUGACAAAUGGAGAGUUACGUGUUUUCGAGGCAGGCCAUUAAGUAAGGGAAUUCCAGUUAGAAGAAGCUACAGUGAAGAAGGCAAGGACAUGCUGCUGUAAGUUAGUAUGGCUGGCGGGGAACUGGAGGGGGGUAUGUAAGUAAUGAGACCAUGGUAAGGAAAGCUCUUCCAAUAUCCCCCAAAAAUGUUUUAUAAUUUUGUUCACUAAGAGAUCCUAGAAGCAACAGGUCCUAGAACAACAUUACACGUAUGAUUAUAUAUAUUAUAUAAUCAUAUAUAUGUUAUAUAUCAUAUAUAUAAACAUAUAUAUAAUGGAUUUAGAAAGUCAUUGUUUUGAAACCAUCAAAUAAUACUUAAUUCAUACAUAGCUCAUCAAUGGAUCCUAAAACCACUGGAUAAAAGUUUGACAAACAGAAUAUUUUUAGUCUCAAAAUAUCUUUUCACUUACCACUGAUUAAUUUCAAGAGUGGGGAAUAUUACCUGUAGAGUGCAAAUAUAUGGUAGACACCAUCAUAAUCAAAUAGCCAACAUUAAUCUGAGCAACAAAUCUAUGAUGUCCCUGACAAGAAUGCAUCACCUGAAUCUAAUUAUAAGAAAUAAUCAGACGAAACCAAAUUUAUAAACAUCUUACCAAAUUAAGGGCCUACAUUAUUCAAAUAUGUCAAAGAAUUAAUGCCAGUGACAGGCUAAGGAACUGCUCCAGAAUAAAGAUGAAUAAAGACCCAUGAUAACUAAAUUCAAUGUGUGAUCUCAAAUUGGAAAAGUAAGAUUUUUUAAAAAGAUAGUGUUAAGACAAUUGGACAAAUAUAAAUGUAGGAUGUUUUGUAGAUAAUGUACUGUGGCAAUUUCUGAAUUUCAUUUUGUUUUUAUUUAUUUAUUUUUUUUUUGUUAUACUUUAAGUUCUGGGAUACAUGUGCAGAAUGUACAGGUUUGUCACAUAGGUAUACAUGUGCCAUGGUGGUUUGCUGCACCCACCAACCCGUCAUCUAUAUUAGGUAUUUCUCCUAAUGCUAUCCCUCCCCCCACUCCCUGACAGGUCCCAGUGUGUGACAUUCCUCUCCCUGUGUUCAUGUGUUCUCAUUGUCCAACUCCCACUUAUGAGUGAGAACAUGCAGUAUUGGGUUUUCUGUUCUUGUGUUAGUUUGCUGAGAAUGAUGGUUUCCAGCUUCAUCCAUGUACCUGCAAAGGGGACGAGCUCAUCCUUUUUUAUGGCUGCAUAGUAUUCCAUAGUGUAUAUGUGUGUCACAUUUUCUUUUUCCUGUCUAUCAUUGAUGGGCAUUUGGGUUGGUUCCAAGUCUUUGCUAUUGUGAACAGUGCUGCAAUAAACAUACAUGUGCAUGUGUCUUUAUAGUAGCAUGAUUUAUAAUCCUUUGGGUAAAUGGCAUUUCUGGUUCUAGAUCCUUGAGGAAUCACCAGACUGUCUUCCACAAUGGUUGAGCUAAUUUACACUCCCACAAACAGUGUAAAAGUAUUCCUAGUUCUCCACAUCUUCUCCAGCACCUGUUGUUUCCUGACUUUUUAAAGAUCGCCAAACUGGCAUGAGACGGUAUCUCAUUGUGGUUUUGACUUGCAUUUCUCUAAUGACCAGUGAUGAUGAGAUUUUUUUCAUAUGUUCUUUGGCCGUAUAAAUGUCUUCUUUUAAGAAGUGUCUGUUCAUAUCCUUAGCCCACUUUUUGAUGGGAAAGCUUUUUUCUUGUAAAUUUGUUUAAGUUUUUUGUAAAUUAUGGAUAUUAGCCCUUUGUCAUAUGGAUAGAUUGCAAAAAUUUUCUCCCAUUCUGUAGAUUGCUGGUUCACUCUGUUAGUUUCUUUUGCUGUGCAGAAAGAGAGCACCUGGGGGAAGGGGUAGCUGUGGGUGCAGCUUCAGCAGACUUAAACGUUCCUGCCUGCUGGCUCUGAAGAAAGCUGCAGAUCUCCCAGCACAGCGCUCGAGCUCUGCUAAGGGACAGACUGCCUCCUCAAGUGGGUUUCUGAACCCCAUUCCUCCUGACUGGGAGACACCUCCCAGCAGGGGUUAACAGAUACCUCAUACAGGAGAGCUUCAGCUGGCAUCUGGCAGGUGCCCCUUGGGGACAAACUUUGCAGAGGAAGGAACAGGCAGCAAUCUUUGCUGUUCUACAACCUCCGCUGGUGAUACAAAGGCAACCAGGGUCUGGAGUGGACCUCCAGCAAACUCCAGCAUGCCUGCAGCAGAGGAGCCUGACUGUUUUUGCAUCUAUAUUUAUUAUAAAUAUUGACCUGUAGUUUCCUUUUUUAAGCUUCUUUGUCUGGUUUCAGUAUUGUAGUAACCUUGGCAUCGUAGAACGAGUUAGGAAGAAUCCAUCCUCCUCAAUUUUUUGGAAAAGUGCAGUGUUAGUUCUUUAAAAGUUUGGAAGAACUUGGCAGUGAAGCCAACUAUUCCUAGAGUUUUCUAUUUUGGGAGGCAUCUUAUUACUGAUGUAAUCUCAUUAUUCAUUAUUAGUCUAUUCAGAUUUUAUGAACAUAUAUGUGCCAAACACUGGAACACCCAGAUGUAUAAAGCACAUAUUUUAUGUAAGUCAAAGAAAAGAUUUCAAUACUCUACUAGUUGAGGACUUUAACAUACUACUCUAAGAAUUAAACACAUAAUCUAGGCAGAAAUUUAAAAAAGAAUAAUUGGAUUUAAACUGCACUUUAGACCAAAGGAACCUCAUAGACAUUUAUGGAACUUUAUAUCUAAGAACUACUGAGUAUAAAUUUUUUAUCAGCACGUAGAACAUUCUCCAGAAUUUUACACUGUAGGUUAAGCCACGAAAAGAUCUCAACAUAUUGAAAAAAUUAAAAUCAUAUAAAGUAUACUAUAAGACCAAAUGGAAUAAAACUAGAGAUAAAUAGCAUGAGAAACAUUGGAAGCCAUAUAAAUACACGUAAAUUAAACAACAGGUUCUGAAUAACCAUGGGAUCAACAGAGUAAUUAAGAUAGAAGUCAAAAAAUUUGUUGAAACAAAUCAAAAUGGAAACACAACAUACCAAAACUUGUGAGACACAGCAAGAGCAGUGCUCAGACUAAACUUUAUAGCAAUAAAGGCCUAUAUUUAAAAAAGUAUAAAAGAUUACAAAUUAGCAAUCUAACAAUGCACUGCAAUGAACUAAGAAAACAAGAACACACCAAGCCCAACAUUAUGAGAAGAAAAGAAAUAACAUAGACCAGAGCAGGACUAAAUUAUGUAGACAGUAAAAAAAACAGAGGAUUCAUAAAACAAAAAAGAUGCUUGUUCAAAAAGAUAAACAAGAUUGAUAAAGUGCUAACUAGAGUAACCAACAAAAGAAAAGAGAAUGUCCAAAUAAAGAAAAUGAUAAAUAAGUGGGAGUGCUAUGCAAUUCUUGCACCUCUACAAAGAAAUAUAUGAGAUGGUAAUUUUUAAAGAAAAGAGGUUUAAUUGGCUCAUUAUUCUGUAGGAUUUACAUGAAGCAUGGUGCCAGACUCUGCUCAGGUUCCAGCAAUUCUACUAUUGGGUAUCUACCCAAAGGAAAAAAAAUAAUAUAUCAGUGGGAUACCUGCUUUCUCAUGUUUAAUGAAGCAGUAUUCAAAAAAACAAUGAUAUGGAAUCAACCUAAGUGUGCAGCAACAGGUGAAUGAAUAAAAAAGUGUACAAUAUAUACACAAUGAAAUACUUUUUGGCCAUUAAAAACAAACAAUGAGAUCAUGUUAUUUUCAGCAACAAGGUUGGGACUGAAGAACGUAUGAAAUAUGCCAGGCACAAAAACAUAAAUAUUGCAUGUUCUCACUUACACAUGGGAGCUGGAAAAUUUUAUCACAUGGAGAUAUAGAGUGGAAAGAUAGAUAACAGAGACUGAGAAGGAUGAUUGGGGCUGAGGGUGGAGGAUAAAAAAUAGUGGAUUAAGAUGUACAAAUCAUAGAAGGAAUAAAUUUAAUGCUUGACAGCAGAGAGGUGUAACUGUAGUUUAAAAAAAAUUGUACUUGAGUGACACCCUAAAUACCCUGACUUGAUUACUACACAUUAUAUACAUGUAACAAAAUUUCACAUGUAACUUAUAAAUUUUUACAAAUAAAAAAAUUUUAAAAAUAAAUCUUAUCAAGUAUCUCCUCAGCCCACAAUUGAAUAAAACUAGGAAUCAAUAACAAGAGGAAAUUUAGAAACUGUACAGAAAUAUGGAAAUUAAGCAAAAUGCUCACUGGGCAUGGUGGCUCAUGCCUGUAAUCCCAGCACUUUGGGAGGCCGAGGUUGGUGCAUCACUUGAGGUCAGGAGUUCAAGACCAGCCUGGUCAACAUGGUGAAACCCCCUCUCUACUAAAAAUACAAAAAAGGUAGCCGGGCAUGGUGGUGGGUGACUGUAAUCCCAGCUACUCAGGAGGCUGAGGCAGGAGACUCAUUUGAACCUGGGAGGCAGAAGUUGCAGUGAGCCGAGAUCAUGGCCACUGCACUUCAGCCUGGGUGAGGAAGCAAGACUCUGUCUCAAAAUAAAUAAACAAACAAACAAAAUGUUCAUGAAUGACCAUUGGGUCAAGGAAGAAAUAAAGGAGAAAAUGCAUUUGUGGAAACAAAUGAAAAUCAAAAUACAAUGUACCAAAACCUAUGGGAUACAGCAAAACAGUGCUAAGAAGGAAGUUUAUAGCAAUAAACACCUACAUCAAAAAAGUAGAAAAAGGCUGGGCACAGUGGCUCACAUGGUAAUCCCAGCACUUUGGGAAGCUGAAGUAGGAGGAUUUCUUGAGACCAAGAGUUUGAGACUAGCUUGGGAAAAAAAAGCAAGACCCUGUCUUUACAAAAAUAAAAAUAAGAAAAUUAUCUGGGAGUAGUGGUACACAACUAAAGUCCCAGCUGCUUGGCUGGAAGAUGUGGGAGGAUCACUUGAGCCUGGGAGGUCAAAGCUGCAGUAAGCCAUGAUUGCACGACUGCACUCCAGCCUGGGCAACAGAGAAAGAUCUUAUCUGAAAAAAAUAAAAUAAAAUAAAAUAAACAAUCUAACAAUACACCUCAAAGAAAUAGAAAAGCAAGAACAAACCAAACCCCAAAUGAGUACAAGAAACAAAAUAACAAAUAUCAAAGCAGAACUAAAUGAAAGAGACCAAAAAAUCAAUACAGAGUGCCAGUAAAACAAAAAGUUGUUUCUCUUUGUUUAUCUUUUUGAUAAACAAAAUUGAUAAACCACUAGCUAGAAUACCCAAGAAAAUACCCAAAGGAACAAAACCAGAAAUGAAAAAGGAGACAUCAUAACAGAUGCCACAGAAACACAAAGGAUUAUCAGAAACUAUUAUAAACUAACAAACUGGAAUGCCUAGAAUAAAUGGACAAAUCUCUGGACACAUACACCUUCUGAGGUCUUAUUCAGAGUAUUAUAUCACUUCACAUGAAUCCUAUCCUACUAUAGGUUACCUGGAUUUUCCAGGUGAUAGGAGGAUGUCUGUGACAUCAAGAAUGGCAGUCUCAUCUAAAAUUAUGUAACACAAGCAAUGUAUAGUCAGAAUGGAAUUCUCAUCUACCUUAUAUAACAUAAAUAAUAUAUAGUCAGAGUGAAUAAAAGGGAAAUGGUUUUGGAGUCAGGUUUGGAGUCAGACCUAGGUAUGAUUCUUGCCUUGCUACUUAUUAGCUUAGUUGCCUAACCAAUCUCAGCCUGUUCUGUCAUUUAUAGAAGGGAGGAUUUGACACUCAUGCCUCAUUAUUAUUUAUAGAAGGAAGGAAGGGAGAAAAUGACACCCAAAAAAAGCCUCAUUCAUUAUUGAUCAUCACAAAAGGUUAUGAUUGAAAUUGUCAGAUUUUCUCCCCUACUAGACUGUAAUCUUUUAAGUACUCUGAAACAUCUUUAUUUUCACCAAACUCACAAUACAGUAUUUCACAUGGUAAGUGUCAGUUUACCUCAACAGUUCUUGUUGACUAGUACUAAAUUAGGCCUCAUUCUAGUAUAUUUUCCUCAAAUAUAAUGAGGUUAAAUUAUCUUUAAUUUUCCAUAUCCCCAUGAAACUACCCAUGUGCCAAUGUAGUUAUUAAUGUUUUUAUGCAUAAUAUUAUAAUUUGCUGCAUGUCAGUUUUGUUAUAAUCAUUUUUGAGUAUUUGAGAUAAAUAUGGUUUUGGCUGGGCCAGAUAUAUUUUCCUACUGUCUACCAGAUUGGUUGAUGUACAUGUAACAGUAAGUUUACAUAUAUAAGAUUUAAUAUCACAAUGAUGCCAUUGCCUUAAUAAUGAUUUGAAUAAUUUCUGAAGGUCCAAAUUUUGUAAAAAAUAAUGCCUAUAUUUUGUUAAAAUUUUAUAUUGUCUUUGCUGAGUUAUGAGGCGUUUUUAAAAAAAAAAAAACAGAAGCUCAAUAAAUUUACCAGGUAUCUCGUGUAGCACAGAACUGAGCUGUUAUAUAUAAUUUAUAUUUCAUCUGCACAGUGUGAUAUGCUACAAUGACUUAUUACAGUCAAGAAUAUUAAUUGCUUGCUUUCCUGUCUUGCCCAUCCUCAGCAUAUCUCUUAGACUGAAAAUAUUAAUAAUAUGAAACAGAAUCUACUUCUAAUUGCCUGUUUUGAAUUCUAUGUAAAAACUUUCUUCAUUUAUAUUACUGAAAAUCAGUCUUCAUCAUGUUUUAUCAGCAAAAUGUCAAGUAUUUCUUGCACUUUCUCAUUGAUAUUUAAUCUAUGGUUGGUGAACACGAGAUUAAUAACUUAUAUUUCUUUUGUUACAGGAAAUGCAGAGUGUUCUAGCAUAUCUUAGUAGAAAAACCUGACCCCAUUGCAGAGGGGAGGUAGGGCAAUAAUCUUAAAAAAACUAAUGUGUAAAUUGAGACCUUAAGAAUGAAUAGGAGUUAAGAAUGUAAAGAGUUGAGAAAAAUGCCCCAUACAGAGAAAAUAUAUGUUUCCAUGCAUUCAGUCAUUCAACAGAGGCUGUGCAAAACCAGUGUAUAUCAAUAUGAUGAGUCAAAAGGUAGAAAGUCAAAUAUACUUAUCAAAAUUUAAUAAAAUUCUGCUUCACAUAUUUCUUUAAAUGGUUUUGAGAAGAUUAGUAGCUAUUCACUUAUUAUUUAUAUAUUCAAUACUUUUAAAGUUGUACUUGAGGAUGGGCUUAGAUGUUUGGGCUGACAGAGGAAUCUCCCUGCGGAUUAGACAAAGAUGGAGCUAAAGCAAGCAUGGACUUUUAUUCAUGGAACAGCUAUAGCAAAGCCUGGCCAUAAGAGCCAAUUCCCUGGGACUCCGCAUCCCUCUCUGAGACACUCUAGCCUUAGCUAAGCACUAGACCAGGACUAGCAAAGACCCUGAACAGAACCUUAGCCCUCUGAAGCUUUCAGAAAUGAAGCUAACUACUCAAUUUACACCACAGUUAAAGGAACACCAACUCUCACAGAAUCAACACAACUCUGGUUAUUCAAAAAACCAGAGUGUCCCCUUACCUUUAAAUUAGCUCAGCAAUAGCGAUUAUCCAGUCUGAAUUGUCUGAAAUGACAUAUAUGGAAUUCAGAAUCUGGAUAGCAAGGAAGCUCAUUGAGAGUGAGGAGGAAUUGAAAUUCAACCCAAGGAAGCCAAGCGAUCCAGUAAAACAAUUUAAGAGCUGAAAGAUGGAAUAACCAUUUUUAAGAAAGACAGAAACUGAACUUCUUGAGCUGAAAAAUUCACUACAAUAAUUUUAUAAUACAAUCAGAAAUAUUAACAUGAGUAUACACAAAGCUGAGGAAAGAAUAUCAGACCUCAAAGAUCAGUUAUUUGAAUAAACCUAGUUAGACAAAAAUAAAAAAAAAAUGGGUUAACAAAAUUGAACAAACCUCCAAGAAAUAUGGGAUGAUGCAAAGAGACCAAACCUAUAACUCGUUUGCAUUCCUGGGAGAGAAAGAGAGAGAAUAAGCAACUUAGAAAAUAUAUUUGAAGAUGUAGCUCAUGAAAAUGUCCCUAAUAUUGCUAGAGAGGUUGAAAUGAAAAUGCAAUAAAUACAGAGAACCUCAGCUACAUACUAUUCAAGAGGGACAUCUCCAAGGCACAUAGUGAUCAGAUUCACUAAGAUCAUUGUAAAAGAAAAAAACAUAUUAAAAGUAUUUAGAAAAAAGGGGCAGGUCAUUUACAGAGGGAACAUCAUUAGGCUAGCAGCAGACCUCUCAAUAGAAACCUUACAAGCCAGGAGAGAUUGGAGGCUUUUCUUCAGCAUCCUUAAUGGAGAGAAAUUCCAACCAAGCAUUCCAUAGCCCAUCAAAGAAACUUCAUAAGUGAAGAAGUAAUAAAAUCCUUCCUAGACAAGUAAAUGCAAAGAGAAUAAGUUUCAAUUAGACUAGCCUUAUAAGAGGUCCUUAAGGGAGUGCUAAGUGUGGAAUCAUAAUAAUGACAUGUGCUACCUCAACAACAUAAUUAAACACAUAGCCCACAGGCACUAUAAAGCAAUUAUGCAAGUCUACAUAGCAACCAGCUAACAGCAGGAUGACAGGAUCAAGAUCACACAUAUUAAUACUAACCUUGAAUGUAAAUAGGCUAAAGACCCCCACUUAAAAGACACAGCGUGGCAGCCUGGACAAAAAGAUAAGACCCAACCACAUGUUGUCUUCAAGAAAUUCAUCUAACAUGUAAUGACAUACACAGGCUCAAAGUAAAAUGAUGGAUAAAUGUCUAACAUGCAACAAUAAAGCACAGGAGUAGCUACUUUUGUAUCAGAUAAAACAGACUUUAAGCCAGUAAAAAUUAAGAAGAAUAAUGAAAAACGUUACAUAAUAAAGAUACAACCUAACAAGAAGCCUUAAAUAUCCUAAAUAUAUAUGCUCCCAACAUCAGCGCUCCUGGAUACAUAAAACCAGUUAUUCUUGGCCUAUCAAAAGAUUUAGACAACCACGCAAUAAUAGUGGGAGAUUUCAACUCCCCACUAAGGAUUUUAGACAAAUAAUCAAGGCAGAAAACUAACAAUGAAACGGUGGACUUCAACUCAACACUUGACCCCUUGGACAAAAUAGGGAUCUACAGAACACUCCAUCCAACAACCACAGAAUAUACAUUCCUCUCAUGUGCACACAGAAUAUAUUCUAAGAUAGAUCACAUGCUCAGUCAUAAAGCAAGUCUCAAAAAUUUUUUAAAUUUUAUUUUUAUUUAUUUAUUUUUAACUUUUUAUUUCCAUAUGUUUUGGGGGAACAGGUGGUAUUUGAUUAUAUAAGUUCUUUUGUGGUGAUCUGUGAGAUUUUGGAGCACCCAUCUCCCGAGCAAUAUACACUGAAAUCAAUUUGUGGUCUUUUAUCCCUCACCCCCUUUCCGUCCUUCCCCCCCUCCCGAGUUUCCAGUCCAUUUUGUCACUGUUGUGCCUUUGAAUCCUCAGAGCUUAGCUCCCACUUUUGAGUGAGAACAUAUGAUCUUUGGUUUUCAGUUCCUGAGAUAAUUCACUUAGAAUAAUAU